UUUUUGCUAUAUUAGCCGGAGGCCGCGGAAGAGUUUAAGCAGUUUGAGCCUCGCAGCCGAACUUUGAGGAUCGCAGAGACGCCGUGCAAGAAAGUCGUGCAAGAUCGAGGACGAGAAAUCCCAAAGCCGAGAUUCGAGAUACGUGCUGUGAUCUGUGUUGAAUAUAUCAAAAUUGAAGAAAUCUUAAAGAAUUUUUAAAAAGUCCAGUGCUGUGCUGAAUAUAUACGCGAACGUGCGCCGCAGAAAUGUCCAACCAAAUGGAGUUUAUUAUGCAGCUCUACAUGAUGAACUUGAUGAAGCAGCAGCAGCAAAUGCAGCUGCAGCUUCCGCAGCAGCAGCAGCAGCAGCAGCAGCAGCUAGCUGGAUACACCUACACCCAGAACGAGGAUAUCACCAGCAGCACAUGCCUGCAGCAGCAGCAGCAGCAGCAUCAACAGCCAGAUCUCCGCCAGACUAGAACGCACAAGCGCAUUAGCUCGCAAAACACCAACUGUAGUAGUAGCCGUAGUUGUAGUCCCAAUAGUAAUUUGAUUGCUUUUCAACCACAACAAUACCCAGGCGCUACAGCGGCAACACCUCCCACUCCUAACAGCAACCCCAGCAACCUGGUCAAUCAGAUGCUGCUCCAGAGCCUGCCGCCGCUGACGCAGCUGAUGUUGCAGCAGCAGCAGCAGCAGCUGCAGCUGCAGCAGCACCAGCAACAUUUGCUGACCACCUCCAACCUCCUACUAACACCCACCCACACCCCCAGUUCGCUGGGCAAGCAGGAGCCACUGCAGCAUCAGUUGCUGCUGGGCCAGCUUGCCGGCUCCGAACAGCUAGCCACAAAUAACUUUCUCCAAUCCUCUACAGUGACCUCCACGCCCAUCGAGAGAGAGAAGGCAGCCACACCAGCCUUCUCCGCCGGAGCAGCUGCCGGUAACCUUUCGGCGGUCCAGGUCAAGUUUGAGCAGGAGUCCGCCGACGACGAGGACGAUGACAAGCCGCUUUCCAGCCUCACCAGCUGCAGCUCCUCGGGCCACACCAACGCCAGCUCCGAGAAGCUGCUCCUGACGGGCGUCCACCCGCUGGAGUCCACCACCGACAGCCUAGACUCACCCAGCAUGUACACGCCCGUCAAGCAGCCGGCGGACUCAUCGUACCACAUCACACCCGUCGAGAGCGAUCUGACCCCCAACACACCCCUCCAAGCGACCCAAGCCAUCUCCCUGCUGACACCACCCUCCAGUGAGCAGAGCAAGAGCCUGGUGAGCCUCUCGGCGGCCAGCGGCCUGGAUGCUCUGCUGCAGAACGAGGAGGUCCUGAAGAACCUGCGCAAGGUGUCCUCCUACCUGGAGUGCGAGAACAGCCUGUGUCGGCAGGAGAACCUGCGGGAGCACUUCCACUGCCACGAGGAGCCCUGCCAGGGCAAGAUCCUGAGCAAGAAGGACGACAUCAUCCGGCACCUGAAGUGGCACAAGAAGCGCAAGGAGAGCCUCAAGCUGGGCUUCGCCCGCUUCUCCUCCUCGGACGACUGUGCCCCAGCCUACGGAGCGGGCUGCGCCUACAACUGGAAGCAGACCCAUUACCACUGCGUCUACGAGCACUGCCCCAAGGUGUACGUGAGCACCAGCGACGUCCAGAUGCACGCCAACUUCCACCGCAAGGACUCCGAGAUCGUGAACGAGGGCUUCCGGCGCUUCCGGGCGCACGAGAACUGCCGCAUCGAGGAUUGCCCCUUCUUCGGCAAGAAAAUCUCCCACUACCACUGUUGCCGCGAGGGAUGCAAUCAUACCUUCAAGAACAAGGCCGAUAUGGACAAGCACAAAACUUACCAUCUGAAGGACCACCAGCUGAAGAUGGACGGCUUCAAAAAGAUCCUGAAGACCGAAGUUUGUCCAUUCGACGCCUGCAAGUUCUCCACCGUCUGCAACCACAUCCACUGCGUCCGCGAGGGAUGCGACUACAUCCUGCACUCCAGCAGCCAGAUGAUCAGCCACAAGAGAAAGCAUGAUCGCCUGGACGGAGAGCAGGCAUAUCAGCAGUUUAAGAUCAAGCCGGACGUGGACGAGUCCUCGUUGGAUGCCACGCCCCACCAGCAGCAGCAGCAGCAGUCCACUAGCCUCAGUCAAUCCCAGGGUAGCAGCUCUGUGUGUGGCAGCAACAGCUCCACUCCACUCUCCUCCUUGUCCGCCGAGCACUUUCUGGCUCGGAAACGCGGCAGGCCACCCAAGAAAAUCCAACUGCCAGCCGAUGCUCAGCAGUCGGAAGCCAAGCGCCCGAAGCUCGAAGAUGACUCCUCCAAUCCCGCCAUGAACUUGCCCCAGUCCCAGCCAGCCACCGCCGUGCACCCGCUGACAAGUGGACUCUUUCCCGGCCUCCUGCCCACUGGCACCGCUCCAGGAGCGGAUCCCACAGCCCCCAACUUUCAGCUCACCCACCUGAUGGCCCUCUUCCAGCUGCAGAAUCCCCUCUUCUACCAGAACCUCUACCCCGGCAUGACCCAGAAUCCCUCCAUACUCGGGAACCUGGCAGCACUUAGCGCCGCAUCAGCGGCGGCGGCGGCGGCAGCGGCGGCGAAUGGAUCCGGAGUCCAGCAACCGAAAUCCGAGUUUAGCUUUAAGCCGGAGUUUAAGGAGUAGGAAGGAUGCGUGUCCUUAGAGUAGUUUGUAGCUAGUUAGUUCGACCGACGGACGUGGGACAUUGUACAUAUGCGCUUCAAGCAGGUUUAGCUGUGUUUAAGUGGGUUCAGGCAGGUUCAGGACAAGGCAUCCUUCCCUCCACAAAAACCAACUCAACCACACUUUGAGAAGCUGCAAGUCUUCAUGCAGAGUGUAGCUGAAUUGGCUUUUGCCAAACAUUUUCCCCUAGCUUAGAAUCUCUCAGUGCCACAUUAAUUUUUAAAAUUUUCAGCUAUUUUGAAUAAAAAAAUCUUCUUGAAUUUUAGUUUGACUAAUCUGUGAUGUUUUCAUUAGAGUAGCUUUUUACUUGAUAGGAUGUAGGAUAUGCAGAACUUGGGAGACUUGGGUUGUCAAUAACAUAGCGUCUAAGCCUUACAUUGUAUGUGAUACCCUAGUAAAUAAUGACUACUUCUUUUGCUUUAUCAUUUAAGAGGAUCAUAUUAUAAUAAAUAAUUAUAAACUUUGGACAAGCAGCAUUGUUCUAAAUAAACCAACCCUACUUUAAACAAA